AUGUUUCACGCGACGUUGAGUAGCAAGUCUACAAAGUACUACGAAAUUCUCGAGGUUUCAAAGGACGCAGAUCUGGAUGAGCUAAAGAGAGCAUACAAGAAGGCGGCUUUCAAGUAUCACCCGGACAAGGGGGGAAAUCCUGAAAAGGUGAGGGUUCUUUAUCCAGCAGAUCUUGUCUCUUAUGAACAUUUUGUUAGUGGUUGUCUGACGGAUGCUAAUAAUGACGGAGGAAGAAUGCGCUGCCGUGCAUUCGGAACGUCAAGUUUACGUAUGAAAUGCUGAAGAUAAUUCUUACUGCGCGUGACAUGGUCACGUCAACCUAGUUUACGUACACUGACCAUUUUAUACAUCAAAUAUUGACUUUAAACAUGUUAUAUCGUAUGGUCGAAUAAUUUCUUAAAGAACUCAUGAGUGGCAAUCCUUUUAUUCUUCUCUCGUUUUCCAUAUACAUGUCUUCCAUCUGAGAAGCAUCAUCUUAUGUAUUUGUACGCGACAAUAUUCGUCAUCCAGUUACUUUUUGCUCGGUGUUUGCAUGGUGAUAACAAUGCUUUUAAUUAUUUACGGAUAUCAGCAAUGUAAUCCAGCCGGCAUGUAAUUGUUGUGUGAUUUUGGCUUAGUUCAAGGAGGUCUGCCAAGCCUACGAAGUUCUUAGUGAUCCACAGAAGAGAGCGAUUUAUGAUCAGUAUGGAGAAGGUUCCUUUACGGAGUGCGGGACAAGUAGUGGACCGUCUGAUAAUAUAUUUGAGUCAUUCGGAUAUUUUUCUAGUGGUGGCUAUUUCAACGGUGAGACAUCUCAGAUCGCCUUUUUCAUUGUCUUCGUCCUUGAGGAUCUAUCUCUAAUUGCUUUUUCCUGGCAAUUGAAGGGUUUAUUAAACCGGUCGAUAAAGAACAAAUUGUCGUAGUCACCUUGGAGGAUCUCUACAAUGGAACUUCUAAAACUAUUCCCACGUCGAGGACUGUGAUAUGCUCCAAAUGCCUAGGGUCUGUUCACCAAUCUGCUCAUCAAUUUUGGAUGGAUCAUGUUAAUGAUUUAGUGAAUCGUUUCAGACAAGGUACGGUGAACGAGGCACCAGAAAAAUGCUCUUGUUGUCUGGGCUCCGGGUUGCUGGUAUCAAAGCGGCAUGUUGCAUACCGCAUGACCGAACGUGUGCAGCACGCCUGCCAUGAAUGCGGAGGCUCAGGUGCGAAUUAAUACCUCAACUCCCCCCCCCCCCCCCUUCUUCUCCUCCCUUUUUCGAUCAUGUAUUCCAACCUAAUCUUCAAAUCUGUCUUGCAUUCUGUAAGGGAUCCUCCCCAGUGAGGAGGACAGAUGCCCACGGUGCGAGGGGAGGCGGAUCACCCGGGAGACGAAGGUCCGAGAGGUGGUAAUUGAGAGGGGAAUGAAGGACGGGCAGAGGAUCGUAUUCCAUGGAGAAGGAGAUGAUUUCGUGAGUACUUAUAAAACUCUAACAUGAAGCCGAUAAUUCUAAGCUAAACCAGAAGUCGUACAUUUUCUAAUGCUAAUUGCCGCCUCCCCCCACCCCCGUCCCUCCCAGCCUGGAUUGCUCACAGGGAACCUGGUGUUCGUGCUGCAACUCGCGGAUCACCCCGUAUUCAAGAGAGAGUUUAGCGAUCUUUAUGUGGAGCUCAAGAUCAGUCUGAGAGACGCCCUCUGUGGCUUCAAGAUUGCGCUGAAGCACCUUGACGGCAGGCGUCUGCUGAUAGAAUCAUAUCCCGGCGAUCUCAUCAAGCGCUGUAGGUCUCCCUCCCCCUCCCCCUCUGGGCUCCUCUUAUCUAUCUGCCCCUCUCUCUGUCCAGCUAAAAAUAUACUCUCGGUCAUCGCAAAAACCAGGUCACUAUAAAGUCAUCGAAAACGAGGGGAUGCCCGAGUACCGGAUGCCCUUCUUGAAGGGGCCGCUCUACAUCAUCUACAACGUGGUGUUCCCCCCACUCGAGUUCCUCACCCCCGAGAAGUGCCGCUUGCUGGAGGAGCUUCUGCCGCCGCCGGCGUUCCCCCCGCCGUCUCAGGCGGAGCUCGACAGGUGCGAGAGAAAGUUUCUGCAUGACAUCGACCCCGAGGCAGUACAAUGGCGACGGAUGCAUCAACAACGCGAGGCCUCGCUUCACUAUGGUCACGACGACGACGACGAUGGGUCGGGAUAUUAUCGGUCGGCGUGCCCCCAACAGUAA